AUGGUCGAAGAGAAGUUCAAGGUUUUAACAUUUAAUUGCUGGGCCGUGUUUUUCCCAUCUUCGACUGUGAGAAAAGAAGACCGUGUUAAUGCAAUUGCCUCGAAGUUAUCAGUUGGGGAUUUCGACGUGAUUUUACUUCAGGAGAUUUGGCUGGAAUCAGAUUACAAUAAACUUCGAAACAUUUUGGACGAGAAGUAUCCGUACUCUAAUUACUUUUACUGCAACCUUAUAGGAACUGGUAUGUGCAUCUUUUCAAAAUGGACUAUAGAAUGUGUGUUCACACAUCCCUUUACUGCUAACGGUUAUCCUCAUCUUAUUCACCAAGCUGAUUACUAUUGUGGCAAAGGUAUUGGGUUAGCUCGGAUCACAAGCAAAGAAGGAUUUAGAAUAAACUUUUAUGUAACUCACUUAAUUGCUCGUUAUGAAUUAGAUCGUAUGUUGGAUAAAUAUAAUGGACAUCGAAUAUCUCAAUUAGUUGAAAUAAUGGAAUUUGUUCGCAUGACAUCCACUGGUUCUGAUGCAAUUAUAAUUACUGGAGAUUUCAAUUUGGAAUCAAAUACUUCAGCUAUUGAAUUAUUUAGUACUUCAUUAAAAUUAUCUGAUGCAUGGCUUAAUAAUACUGUUGCUUUGAAGAAUACAAAUAUUACAGAAUUAGAGUCAGAGGGAUGUACGUGUGAUCGAGCUGAUAAUCCUUAUCGUAAUCAACUGUGGACAAAUACAUAUGGGAAUGGUGAAAGAUUAGAUUACAUAUUUUAUCGUUCUGGGCCAUCAAUAAUAGAUUCAUUUCAUAUACCAUCCUAUGCUAAACUUGUCUGUGAUUCGUGUUGGUUAGAUAUGCGUAAAGUACCUGACGACCCAUAUGGUUUACAUUAUUCCGAUCAUGAAGGUGUAGCUGCAAGUUUUACUAUUACAAGAUUACGCAGUCCCGUCAAACCAGAAGGUGAAACAAUGUCAGCAAAUGAAUUAAAUCGAUUACGUGAUUUAUUAUUAGAUAUAGAUCAACAAUUAACUCGUGGCUUAAAUCAAUGUAUACAUGGUCGUUUAUUGCAUUUAACAUGGGCAAUAAUUAUAACAUUUUUAUUAGUUAUCUUAAUAUUAAUAUAUCCAACUGAUAGGUUUACAUCAAUUAUAAAAUGUUUAUUUGAAAUAAUACUUGGUAUUAUAUUAUUUACAUUAAUAUGGGGUUCAUUAAUUGGUAGAACUAUAGAAAAAUCCGGUUUAAAAAAUGCAAGACAUUCAAUUUUAACAUUAUCUUCAAGAUUAGAUAAUUCAAAUGACUUUACAUUAAUUAAAUAA